AGCUACUCUGUUCACUUCGGCGGCGGUUGGCCCGUGCAUUCCUUUCGCUUAGUCGUCGACCAGACACUUUCUCUUCACUCCAUCUUUUUCUCACGCGUUGAAUACACUCCACCAACGCUCAGUUCAUCGUUUCUCUGCUCUUACUUAAAGCCUUUCGCUGUGGGUAUUGCCGAGGAAUCUUUUUUCUUUAACUUUCAACCCUCAUUUCAACCGCUUUUAUGGAACGUCAUUGCUGAACUCUUCCAAUACUACCUACGACUCUCAGAUCGCAAUUUUACGCGUUCUAUUGCUAUGACAACAGCCCCCAUAAUCGCAUACCCCAUGAUGGAAGUCCCGGCUAUGGGUGAUUCUAUGGAGAUGGCCUCGCCCUACCAAGGGCAGGCUGACGAUUUUGACAUCGACAUCGACCUCAUGGAGGACCAUGACUCGAACAUGGAUAGUGAUAUGAUGGGUGCAGAUGAAUUUACAAAUGCUUCUCAGCAUAAUGAACUCAAUAAUGACGCGAUCUACGAUGCCGACAUGGCCGAUGAGCCCUCCGAAGGGUCGAUGAUCGACGCUGACAACUACACUGAACAAGACAACGAUAUUGAUGUGCAGUUUGAGGCAGAGCCAUACGAAGAGGAAAUGAUUGAAGCUGAUCAGGCCGAAAACGACAAUCUUCCCGCCCCCGUGAUUCAGCUUGAACCUACGGGCAGCAAUGAACACGCUGCCAGCCCCAUUAAGGAAGAUGCCACAGUCACAUCUGCCGAACCCCUCGAAGCAGCACCUCAAGGCUCAGGUGGCUCUGUGGAACCUGCUCCCGUUCAGGGCGAAACUCAAAUUUCUGGGGUUGAAGGCUCAGACACUCAGGCCCAGCCAAGCACGACUACUGAUGACCUUUCUGAGGAACCAUCCGAAACUGUCAUCAGUCCCGAAACUGAUAGUCAUCAUGGAAAGGCGCAACUUAGCGAAGAGGCUAACGAAAUAUCACAACCUUCUGUGCCAGAGACUGAGGUAACGCAAGCUCCCAACGACGACCUGGAGACCGGUCAAAUCAAACCUUCCGAAGUUUCCCACGUUGAUGCCGCUGCGCACCCAGAUGCCCAGCCUGUGUCCGAAGAAAACCACCAGGCUGCAGAUGAGAAUGAAUCUGAAUCUCUCCAACAGGGCACAUACAUAGAUGAACCUCUUCAUCCAGUGAAAAUUCUUUACCAGGACUGCGAGAUUGCUCUGUUCCCUCCCCUUGAGGGAGACGUGGCGGAUACAUUCUUUAUUGAAGAUGAAACUUUAGCUUAUGACAAUAUUGGUCAAGUAUUCAAGGCUCUGCGCCAGGUGCUCCAAAGAACCAUGACAGGUAAUGAUGUCUUGGUCAUCGAUAUUGACACCCUCGGUAUCCAAAUGACAGAGGACUCACUCCAUACAUCCCAAGUAACCUUGCAUCAGAUCCUAGAUCUUUACCUUAGACUUUGCCGCAACGAUGGUGUUACCGAACCCGAUGCCCUCUAUCUUACACUGAGUACCAAGCGUGCCUUCCCGGCUGAGAUCGCAGAUCUCAACGAUGCUGCAAUUGACGGCAAGAAACUUUCCGAACUUCAUUCAGAACUUCAUUCAUGGGAUGAGUAUGAUGAAGCCGAGCCGGGUUCCGAUGAGGACCCCGGCGCUAUUGGGCCCGAGGAGCAUGAAGACGAAGUCUACUACACCAACGAGGCCCAAAAAGAGCUUUCAACCACUGAAAUCCAAACGGCUCCAGGGUCCGGAGAAGAACAGGCGCUAGAUAGUGAAAAGUCCCAGGUCCAGCCCGAAGUUGUCUCUGAUGCUCAACCCGAGGUCCAUGUGCGGGAUGAGGAUAGAUCUGCCUCUAAUGAGCGGAGUGCCCAGGCUGCACCUGAGCGUGAAUCUCACCCCGCCCAGCCCGAGAACAAAGACCUAGAUCACUUCGAUGUGUCUCACCAUCUCGAAACAGAGCAAGAUCACGAAUACGAUCAUGACGAUACGAACGAAGAGCACUAUGAUUCUGAGGGCCCGCUAAGUGAUUCUACAGCCACCGUAGCUGCGCUCCCUCGCGCAAGCGAGACCAAAGAGCAUGCCCAGCAUGUCGCCCUAGACGUUGCCGCGGAUGCUGAUGCAGAUGAAAACGACGACGAGAAUCAGUACGAAGAUGACCCUGAAAACGAUGACCUGGGGCCCGAGGAAUAUUACGAUGAUGAAGACAUCGGCUCGGUCGAUGAUUCAGAGGCUUUCCAAAAAGAUAUCACUGGCAGUGAAAAUGCUGAUGUUGAUGCUCAAGAAGCAGUUGAUCAGGCGUCAGUCCUGGAUGAAGAGGACACAGAUGACUUAGAUGCCCCGCCAACAGACGACAUUGUCUCGGAAAUUCUCCUGCAGAAUGAAAGCAACCUCCCUUCUCAUGACCAGCCAGCACCGCCUCUCGACAGUGGCGUCUCUGACAAGAAGGAGCAAACACCAGACCCCGCAGAUGAUUUACUUGGAAUCGCUGUAGACCUGAUGCAGACUCCUCCGAGAGAUACAGAAAAAGAUGACCUCGAUCACUUCGAGGGCAUAGACUACGACGAGCCUGAGGAUGAGAUCGAUGCUCCUGUUGCAGUAGCUGAUGAGGGUGCCGAUGAUCAUGAGUUUGACGAGAACCAUUUUGGCGACUAUGACACCCAUUUUGAAGAAUCGGAGGCUGUAGAGCUGGUUGGAACAGAUCCUUCCUUGACAGACACCCAAACCAACCAGAAUUCUGCCAAACGGUCUCGCGAAGAUGAAGACGAUUGGGACCUGGUGGAAACCACCGUUGACACCAAACGUCGCCGCUCUUCGUAA